AUGUAUAUAUACAAAUUGAUAAAACGUAAAAUUCAUCAAUUUUUAAUCUAUGAGAAACUACCAGCUGACAUUUCAAGCCGCAAUGUGUUAUUGCUCGACCCAGUUUUGGCUUCAAGAAAUUCUGCAAUCAAAGCUACUUCUUUGCUGCUGAGCAAGGGUGUAGUAGAAUCCAACAUAAUCUUCCUUAAUCUCAUAGCAGCUCCUGAAGGAAGACAUGUUGUUUGUAAGAAAUUCCCAAAGCUAAAAAUUGUGACAUGGGAGAUUGACAUGUCACUGAACAAGGAUUCACAUGUGAUCCCAGGCAUGGAGGAGUUUGAAGGUCGCUACUUUAGUACAGAUAACAAUGUUAAUAAAGCCCUUGACAAAACACCCUAG